CGCGGAAAGCGUCAGGCGUCUGACGCGCUCGCGCGGCGGUAUUCCCGGAAGUGUGUCGCUCUCUCUGGCAUCGCCGCCGCUCCCUCAUCGCGCCAUUGAGAAGUCAGGGAAGCUUUCUCUAACCUAUUGACUCGCAGUACCCGCAGGUCCACGCUGUCAAUCAUGGCCGAGCAGGAGCCCACACCAGAGCAGCUGGCCGCUAUCGCAGCGGAGAACGAACAGAGCGAGGCUGUCAACUACAAGCCUCCAGCACAGAAGAGCCUUCAAGAGAUCCAGGAACUCGACAAAGAUGACGAAAGCCUUCGCAAGUACAAGGAGGCGCUGCUGGGCAACUGCAGUGUUGCUGCAGAUCCCAACGCUCCCAACGUUCAGGUGACACGGCUAACUCUUAUGUGCGAGACGGCUCCCGCCCCACUGACCCUUGACCUGCAAGGUGAUCUGGAGUCCUACAAGAAGCAGUCGUUUGUGCUGAAGGAGGGAGUGGAGUACAGGAUAAAGAUCAGCUUCAAGGUGAACAAAGAGAUCGUCUCGGGGUUGAAGUAUGUACAGCAGACCUUUAGGAAAGGGGUGAAGAUUGACAAGUCUGACUACAUGGUGGGCAGCUAUGGGCCUCGGCCGAAUGAAUACGAGUUCCUGACGCCCUUGGAGGAGGCACCCAAAGGCAUGCUGGCCCGUGGCACUUACAACAUUAAAUCCAAGUUCACCGAUGACGACAAGCACGACCACCUGUCCUGGGAAUGGAACCUCAACAUCAAGAAGGACUGGAAAGAUUGAGUUGUUUCAAAACCCCCAUUUUCCUUCUUGCCAUCCUCCUACCUACUUCCUCCCUCCCUUUAUUCCUCUCCAAUCUCCUUCAGUUCCCUCCAUCAUCAUCAUCAUCAUCAUCAUCAUCACCACCAUCAACAUCAUAAUCCUGGAUUAACUGAUUUAAAAGAAAUGGAUCUUUCUCACUCCGUCCACUUUCCUGCAGUUUCCCAUCUUCCAUCCCUCCUUCCAUAUUCCUAUCCCUUUCCCUCCCAAUGAGUAUUGAGGCUUUUCAUGAAAUAUAUAUGUGAAAACAAACAAAAACGUGCACAAUCCAUAUUUUGUGUUUUGGUUUGUUUGUAUAUAAAAGUAAAAACAGAGGAAAAAAAUAUUCAAAAAAACCUCAUGGAUACUUUUGACAUGGUUGUUAUUAGUAAUCUUCACUACCCCUGUCUUCCUCUUGUGUCCUGAACCCUUCCCGUUUAUCCCGCGUCAUUCCUUUCUCUGACAUUCCUUAUUUUCUUUUUAACCAUGAUCUGCCUUUAUGAGUGUAAUGGGAGAAGGUGCCACUUGCUAAUAUUUUGCCACUGGCAUUCCCUCACAACUCAAGUUUGCCUUUGCCCAGAGGGAACGUGUCCGAUGCCUUUGAGAUGAGUCUAGGGUUAGCGUAGCAUGGGUAACUGUAGAAAUGUUAGGGAUUGUAGCGGAGCAGGUCUUUACUUGGCUCUCGGUAUGAAUGUGUGCGUGUUCGAAUAUGGUUUUAGCUACGUAGGGUUCGCAGGAUGUGAACAUCCUGUCCACUAGGGGAGCCGUACUAAGAAUCAGCCUUGCCCUGCUCUAACAGCAUAGGGAUUUUGUUUAACCAUUUCAUCGCCAUGUGGCCUUAAAAAUGAUUCCUGUAGCAAGACAUUGAGGAGCUGCCUUUUAGCGUCUAGGUUUAAAUCCACUCAAAUCUUUCGUCCUUAAGAGGCCAAGGUGCUUUACUGACUCUCGCUCCCUCAAGGGACUGGCGGUCACAUCUUCUGCCUCAUUCAUUUGGCUCAAUUCAGGAUGGACCAACUUUGAAGGCCAGUAGAAGUUAGUGAACCUUGAUGCUGAGCAAACAUUUUCCCCAAUUCAGUUAUCACAAACUUUCCAAAGAUGACUGGUGCUUCAUUUGCAGAAUGUGCCCUUUGCUUGUGGUUUACAUGAGUUGCCAGUUAGGAAGUUAAAAAAAAAAAAAUGAAAGCAGAGAAGGUCUCAUUUCACUAACAGAUCUCAAGUAUUGAACUACUCUACGUUAAAAUUACCAACACCAUAGAUUGUGCCUCCAGUAUUGACGACCACAAGCUGCUCUCGGUGCGUAAAUCUAAGGGAAAGAAAGUCAGGACUCUAAAGGAGGUGCAUUUGUAGUGGGACAGAUCUGGAGUGAACCUAAAUCUCAACUCUCAGCUCCAGUCCAGGUGUAGUCUGACCUCAAUGUUCAAACAAGAGAGGAUGUGCUCAUGCAUCACUGUACUGUUUUAUACACGCUUGUUUUGUUUUUUUUCUUUGGUGACAUUGCCUGCAAAGUAGUAGCUUGUUGUGCUGGUCCAGAAUGCUGCUUCUGUCUUCACCUGUUUGUACUUAUCUGGAGAUUACUGUUCACCUGUGUCAACAUUAAAGUGUUCAGAACAGACA